CCACUGCCCUGGCAUCACCCAGCUGUGUUCGGCAGCCUGAACCCCAUCUGUGGGGAUGUGAGGAGGAAAAUACAAAAGUCCUUAGGUGAACACUGAGAAGGCAGAUGCAGCAGAAGCCUCCAGGCUGGAACUACCCAGUCUUGGACCUAUGGUGGAGAUAGAGCAUAGCUGGCGAUCAUGAGUACUUACACUGUAAGGUCACCUGGUUGCACUAUGGCCUCAUCUGUGGCUCUGAAAAUGAAGAUUUGGAAGGAGAUCAUCACAGCUAAUGUUUAACAAGCCCCUCCUGUGUGCCAAAUCAUUCACCCCUCACAACAACCGAAUGAGCUAAGGAUUCUCGUUAUAUAUAGUUUAUGGAGAAGGAAGUGCAGACAUAAAGAGGUGAAUUAUCUUACCCAGAUCACACAGCUGAUAAGUGGUGGAGGCAGAAUAGAAUCUAAACAGUGUGGCUCCGGAGCCCACAUGCAUUGAUUCGACAAGUGUUUAUUGAGCACCUGCCACGGACAAGGCCUUGUGUGAUUAAAUAGGGUUAUAAUUAGUAAUAUAAAAAUGAGAAAUCACUAAUGCUUUUUAGACUUAACAUUUUCUUUUUUUGUAGGUUUCAGGCACAGAACUGUAUAUCCAAUAAUAGUGAAAUGGAUCCCACUAAUUAUGACCGAAAUGAUGAUACAUUUAAAUGACUUGGAUGUUUUAUAGGUAUGAUCUCGUGAAACCUUGAGAGAAACUGAAUGAUGAAUGAAACUAUUGUUCCUGUUUCACACAGAAGAAAACUGAGUUCCUGUCCCAUGACCAGGGCCAGCUCACCAAGGAGCUGCAGCAGCACGUAAAGUCAGUGACAUGCCCAUGCGAGUACCUGAGGAAGGUUGAUGGGCGGAUGGCUACAUGGAUGUGAUGGAGAUGGUUUACUAUCGGGACCUUCCGUAUCCUGCUGAUGCUUUGUUGCUUAGGAUAUGAAUGGCUGAGCGGAGGCUAUAAAACCUGGCACUCUGCUUGGGUAUGAGGUUCUUCCUGCCAUCCUGCCAUCAUUUGUUUUUUAUGUUUUGUCGCCAAAAGUGACCUUGAGGAACCCUGGGAGCUCAGGAAGGAAGGAGCGCCCAGAAGCAGGGACAGGGAGCUGGUUGGGGAGGACCAGAAAUCAGGGCGCCCUGAAAGGACCAGGACAUGCGGGUGCGGUGGAUGCUCUUUUGGCUCCUCUUUUGGCUCCUGCUGGAAUUUAUCAGCCAUCAGUGCAUCUCUGUUAUCAAUAUUCUGGCUGACCAUCAUCAUCGUGGGACUGACUUUGGUGGAAGUCCUUGGUUAGGUAUCAUUAUUGAAUUUCUGAGAAGUUAUAAAGUUGUCAUUACCCUCUGGACAGUUUACCUUUGGUUGUCUUUCCUGAAGACUAUCUUCCAGUCUGAAAAUGGACAUGAUGGAUCCACAGAUGUACAGCAGAGAGCCAGGAGGUCCAACCGCCGUAGACAGGAAGGAAAUAAAAUUGGCCGGAAAGACGCCAUUACUCUACGGAGACAUGUGAAAAGAAAAGUUAGAGAUAAAAUCCAUAAGAUGAAGGUGACACCGAAAAUCAACCAUCAUGACAAAAUCAAUGGAAAGAGGAAGACCGCCAAAAAACAGAAAACGUAUCAACCUGCGCAAGAGUUGCGGCGGCGGGCAGAGGACUACCACAAAUGCAAAAUCCCCCCUUCUGCAAGAAAGCCUCUUUGCAACUGGGUCAGAAUGGCGGCAGCGGAGCAUCGUCAUUCUUCAGGAUUGCCCCACUGGCCCUACCUCACAGCUGAAACUUUAAAAAACAGGAUGGGCCACCAGCCACCUCCUCCAACUCAACAACGUUCUAUAACUGAAAACUCCCUGAGCCUCAAGACACCUCCCGAGUGUCCGCUCCAUCCCCUUCCACCCUCAGCGGAUGAUAAUCUCAAGACGCCUCCCGAGUGUCUCAUCACUCUUCUUCCACCCUCAGCUCCACCCUCAGCUCCACCCUCAGCGGAUUAUCAUCUCAACAGGCCUGCCGAGUGUCUGCUCUAUCCCCCUCCACCCUCAGCGGAUGAUAAUCUCAAGACACCUCCCGAGUGUCUCAUCACUCCCCUUCCACCCUCAGCUCCACCCUCAGCUCCACCCUCACCUCCACCCUCACCUCCACCCUCAGCUCCACCCUCACCUCCACCCUCACCUCCACCCUCAGCUCCACCCUCACCUCCACCCUCAGCUCCACCCUCACCUCCACCCUCAGCUCCACCCUCACCUCCACCCUCAGCGGAUUAUAAUCUCAACAGGCCUGCCGAGUGUCUGCUCUAUCCCCCUCCACCCUCAGCGGAUGAUAAUCUCAAGACACCUCCCGAGUGUCUCAUCACUCCCCUUCCACCCUCACCUCCACCCUCAGCUCCACCCUCAGCUCCACCCUCACCUCCACCCUCACCUCCACCCUCAGCUCCACCCUCACCUCCACCCUCAGCUCCACCCUCAGCUCCACCCUCAGCUCCACCCUCACCUCCACCCUCAGCUCCACCCUCACCUCCACCCUCAGCUCCACCCUCACCUCCACCCUCACCUCCACCCUCACCUCCACCCUCACCUCCACCCUCAGCUCCACCCUCACCUCCACCCUCAGCGGAUGAUCAUCUCAAGACACCUCCCUUAGCUACUCAGGAGGCUGAGGCAGAAAAACCACCCAAACCCAGGAGGCCGAGGGCCGAUGACGUGGACCCAUCAUCGCCCGAACCCAAGAGGCGGAGGGCCGAUGACGUGGACCCAUCAUCAUCCACACCCAAGAGGCGGAGGGCCGAUGACGUGGACCCAUCAUCGCCCAAACCCAAGAGGCGGAGGGCCGAUGACGUGGACCCAUCAUCAUCCACACCCAAGAGGCGGAGGGCCGAUGACGUGGACCCAUCAUCACGCAAACCCAAGAGGCGGAGGGCCGAUGACGUGGACCCAUCAUCAUCCAAAGCCAAGAGGCGGAGGGCCGAUGACGUGGAACCGUCAUCACGCAAACCCAAGAGGCGGAGGUUGAGUUAGCUGAGAACAGGCCAUUGCACUCAAGCCUGAGCAAUAAGAAUAAAAUUGAGUAGAACAAAAUAAAAAAAUCAAAAAACAAAACAAAACCCACACUCCAAAAACAAACUAACAAAGAAUAAAUAAAUAAUAUAAAAAUAAAAUAAAUACUGCAGUCCUUA